GUCUUCAUUUCUUUCUCUACAAAGGCCCAAAAUAUGGGUUUCAACUAAUCCAACACAUUUCUCAGCGCCCCACAUUCUUCCUACUCUACUCAAGAUCCCUCGGCAUCGCUCUCCAAAUAUUCCACCUCUCUUCUUCUCUCUAUUCAACAACCUCCCAAUCUUAUAUAUCUAUUUCACUACCAAUGAAACAAUACUAAAGCACAAGCUACAAUCGCUGUAACAACCAUGCACCCAAUGCUUUUCUUUCUUCUAUCCUCCAUCUCCUUCUUCCUCCUCCUCCUCCUCCUCCUCAAAAACCCCCUCCCUCUUAAACUUCCUUCAUGGGUCAAUGAAUUAAGCCUUCUCUCUCUUCUCCUCUGCAAAGAAUCCUUAGCCCAUCUCAUCCCUCACUUAAAGAACUACAAAUUAACCAUCACCCACAUCUUCAAAUUCUCAUACACAGAAUUCACCAACAGGAACAGAGUGUCAAGAACUGAGGAACUUGGGGUACACGCGGAGCUAGAUAAGGCGACGAUGACGAUAUUGGAUCUACCGGAAUUACCCUUAGACUUGAUUCUUGGGAAGUUGGCUCCAGUGGAACUGUUGAACGUGACGGAAGUAUGCACAUAUUUGAGAGAUAUUGCCACUAGAGAUCAUCUCUGGGAGAGACAUUUCAGUGAGAGAUGGGGAAGAAUAAUAAGCGAAUGUGCGAGAAGAGAAUGGAUACAUUUUGUUUCGGCGAAGGAGAGCAAGAGGAAUGAGAGUGCAGGUUGGCUAUUAGAGAUUCUCUCUUGCGUGUUGCCUUGUUCUUGGUUUAUGUCUCCAAAGGCCGAGAACAAUUUGAAGAAUAGUGGCUCUGUUAUGGCUUGGUAUCUUGCACUUGAGAGCGGGAGAUUCUCGUUCCCCGCUCAAGUUUAUAACAGAGAGCUCAUUAAUGGACAUGUUGGAUUUGUGCUUUCAUGCUAUGAUGCUGAGUUCAGUUAUGACGCUCGUACGGAUACCUUUCACGCAAGAUACCCAUCACACGGAAAAAGGGUUACCGAUGUGGAGGAAGGAGUGAAAUGGGAUAGAAUAAGAGCACCUCCUAUCGAUACUCCUCCGCACGAUCUUCAUAUAUCCAACUGUUUAAACGACCUGCGACCAGGUGAUCAUAUCGAAAUUCAAUGGAGAAGGAACAAAGAGUUUCCAUAUGGAUGGUGGUAUGGAGUUGUAGGUCAUUUAGAGUCCUGUGAUGGAGAUGAGCAUCAGUGUCAUUGUUACGAUAGCGAUACUAUAGUACUAGAAUUCAACCAUUACUCGUCGAGCUCAAGAUGGAGGAGGACAUCUGUAGACAGAAAACAUCACAGGGAAGAAGGGAAUGAAGCAUAUGGAUUUUAUGGAGGAAUCAGAAAACUUUACGACGAGCAUGAGAUAUCAAUAUGGAAACAGUUGUGGCCAACAGAGAUACUUGAAUAGAAUUUGCAAUUACCACGAGAUAUCGAUAAUGGAAACAGUUGUGGCCAACAGAGAUACCUGAAUAGAAUUUGCAUUUACCACAUCAAUUCAGGUACUAGUUAAAUGUAGCUUAAAUUCAAGAAUAAAGCUCAAACUUGAUGUAUGUAUUAAUUUAGCCGUACUGUUCCACAUCUAUUUGUAAUAUGAAACUCCUUUUAUGCAAUAAAACUGGUUACCGACUUGAGUCCAGACCA